CAUCUACCUCUCAUCUUCCUACUCAGUCUACCAACCUCUAUCCCUUAGCCACCAUGUCAGAUUCAUACACAGAUGAUUCUGAUGAGCUAGCCCCAUCCAAAAUCAUGGAAGUCUAUGUUGCUGAGCAGAACGUACUAGACUCCUUUGCUAGGAGGCUUGUGAUGAAAAUCAAGGCAAGGCUCGGAGAUGGAUUAUCUCGGCGACGAUACGGUAAAAGGAAGAGAAUUCGAAGGGAUCAUGGAGGUGCUCAUCAACGUCUGGUGGAGGACUACUUUGCUGAACAACCACUCUACCCCGAGAGUAUGUUUCGUACUAGAUUCCGUAUGAAUAGAGACCUCUUCCUACGCAUUGUGAAUGCCCUUGGUAAAUGGUCUCCCUAUUUCACUUAUAGGGCAGAUUGUUCUGGUCGAAUAGGGCUCUCACCAUUGCAAAAGUGUACAGCAGCCAUGCGCAUGUUAGCAUACGGCACCCCUGCAGAUGCCUUUGAUGAGUACUUGAAGAUUGGCAAAUGCACUGCAUUAGAGUGUUUGGACAAGUUUGCACGGGGGGUGAUUCAUGUGUUCGGUGGGAAGUACUUGCGACGCCCGACACAGGAGGAUGUCGAGCGUCUACUUCAGGUUAACGAAUCUCGUGGUUUCCCUGGAAUGCUAGGAAGUAUCGACUGCAUGCACUGGCGAUGGGAGAAUUGUCCUUUAGCAUGGAGGGGGCAAUUCACACAUGGUGAUUAUGGAGUACCAACGAUGAUCCUAGAAGUCGUUGCUUCUCAGGACCUUCAUAUUUGGCAUGCUUUCUUUGGAGUUGCUGGGUCAAACAAUGACCUUAAUGUGCUCAACCAGUCCCCACUGUUUUUUGAUGCAUUGAAAGGAGAGGCCCCGCAAGUUCAGUUCUCUGUCACUGGGAAUGAGUAUACCACAGGUUACUACCUUGCCGAUGGUAUAUACCCAGAAUGGGCUGCGUUCAUGAAGACUAUACCACUUCCCCAAACAGAGAAGGACAAGUUAUUUGCGAAGUACCAAGAAGGGGCAAGGAAAGAUGUUGAGCGUGCUUUCGGGGUGUUGCAGUCCCGUUUUAGCAUUGUCCGCCGGCCUGCAAGUCUAUGGAAGAGAAAGAGUAUUGGAAGGAUAAUGCUAGCUUGUGUGAUUCUUCACAAUAUGAUAGUCGAAGAUUCAUAUUGACUUGAAUGAGAAUCCAGGGGCUUCAUUUGCUCUGCCUCCUGAAGUGAAUGUUGGUGGAAAUCUUUGUUUCGCUGAUGUGAUACGUAGAAAAGCUACUAUCCGUGCUCGUCCACAACAUACCCAGCUUAAAAAUGAUUUCAUCGAGCAUAUUUGGCAUAGGUUUCAAAAUAGCCGUCAUAAUUAAUCAUGGUGAGAUACUGAUAUCUGCAUGUUCCUAUUCCAUUUUUUCUGUGACAUUGAGGAUAAACAUGAUAUUUUACAUUCAUUUUUAUUUCAGGAUUGGGCAAUGAUGUGGUGAUUGUUGUAGGUGGUAUUUGCAGUCUUGAAGUGUAUCAAUGCAAAUGGAUGGUCGCUCCUUUCUACAAAGUUUCAACUAUGCUUUGUGACUUUCGUGCAUGGUCUAGAUCAAAACUAAUGGCUUGUUUUCCUAAGAUCUUAUUUGGCAUUAUGUUUAGUUAAUGAGUUUUUAUAGACUUAUGUAAUGUCUAAGUGUCGAUGUGAUGGUGCUAUGCUUCACCAUUUUGUUGCUUAUCGUUUGUCUAGAUCAAAAUUAACGGCUUGUUUGCCGGAGAUCUUAUUUGU